AGAGAGGGCGGGGGGCGGCGGCGGCGGCGGCGGCGGCGAGCGGGGCCAUGCAGGCGCGCUACUCCGUGUCCAGCCCCAACUCCCUGGGAGUGGUGCCCUACCUCGGCGGCGAGCAGAGCUACUACCGCGCGGCGGCGGCGGCGGCCGGGGGCGGCUACAGCGCCAUGCCGGCCCCCAUGAGCGUGUACUCGCACCCGGCGCACGCCGAGCAGUACCCGGGCGGCAUGGCCCGCGCCUACGGGCCCUACACGCCGCAGCCCCAGCCCAAGGACAUGGUGAAGCCGCCCUACAGCUACAUCGCGCUCAUCACCAUGGCGAUCCAGAACGCGCCCGACAAGAAAAUCACCCUGAACGGCAUCUACCAGUUCAUCAUGGACCGCUUCCCCUUCUACCGGGACAACAAGCAGGGCUGGCAGAACAGCAUCCGCCACAACCUCUCGCUCAACGAGUGCUUCGUCAAGGUGCCGCGCGACGACAAGAAGCCGGGGAAGGGCAGCUACUGGACGCUGGACCCGGACUCCUACAACAUGUUCGAGAACGGCAGCUUCCUGCGGCGGCGGCGGCGCUUCAAGAAGAAGGACGCCGUGAAGGACAAGGAGGAGAAGGACCGGCUGCACCUCAAGGAGCCGCCGCCGCCGCCGCCGCCGCCGCCCGGCCGUCCGGCCGCGCCCGCGCCGCCGGAGCAGGCCGACGGCGCCGCGUCCGGAGCGCAGCCGCCGCCCGUGCGCAUCCAGGACAUCAAAACCGAGAACGGUACGUGCCCCUCGCCGCCCCAGCCCCUGUCCCCGGCCUCCGCCCUGGGCAGCGGCAGCGCCGGCGCCGCCGCGGUGCCCAAAAUCGAAAGCCCCGACAGCAGCAGCAGCAGCCUGUCCAGCGGGGGCAGCCCCCCGGGCGGCCUGCCGGCGGCGCGGCCGCUGAGCCUGGACGGCGCGGAGCCCGGCCCGCCGCCCGCGCCCGCGCCGCCGCACAGCCAGGGCUUCAGCGUGGACAACAUCAUGACGUCCCUGCGGGGGUCGCCGCAGGGCGCGGCCGCCGAGUUGGGCUCGGGCCUCCUGGCCCCGGCCGCCGCGUCCUCGCGCGCCGGCCUCGCGCCCCCGCUGGCGCUCGGCGCCUACUCUCCGGGCCAGAGCUCCCUGUACGGCUCCCCCUGCAGCCAGAGCCCGGGCGCGGGCAGCUCGGGCGGGGGUGGGGGCGGAGGGGCGGGGGGCGCCGGGACCUACCACUGCAACCUGCAGGCCAUGAGCCUGUACGCGGCCGGGGAGCGCGGCGGCCACGUGCAGGGCGCGCCCGCGGGCUCCGGCGGCUCCUCGGUGGACGACCCCCUGCCCGACUACUCCCUGCCCCCGGCCACCAGCAGCAGCUCCUCGUCCCUGGGCCACGGCGCCGGCGGCGGCCAGGAGGCCGGCCACCACCCUGCGGCCCACCAAGGCCGCCUGGCCUCGUGGUACCUGAACCAGGCGGGCGGGGACCUGGGCCACCUGGCCAGCGCGGCGGCGGCGGCGGCGGCCGCGGGCUACCCGGGCCAGCAGCAGAACUUCCACUCGGUGCGGGAGAUGUUCGAGUCGCAGAGGAUCGGCCUGAACAACUCCCCGGUGAACGGGAACAGCAGCUGUCAGAUGGCCUUCCCCUCGGGCCAGUCCCUGUACCGCACGUCUGGGGCCUUCGUCUACGACUGCAGCAAGUUCUGACCCCCCCGCCCCGCCCCCCCCCAGCCCGCCUCCCAGCCCCACUGAACCGGACCCCGGCGCAGGAGCAGCCCAGAGAACCCUCGAGGCAAAACCGAAACCAAAAAACCCCACUUUGAAAAGCAAACGCUCACCACACAGGAGAACAGAAUCCCUCCCAACUUCCAACCCACCAGCACGAAGAAAAGUCUUUUCUUAAAAGAUGGAUUGGGAGCCACCUCCACGUCGCCUUGUCUGAAUAAACAAAACCUAAACUGUUUUGUACAGAGACAGCAGAGUCGGGCUUUGCUAGAGGACAGUGUUAACUCCAGACAGCACUUGGAUGUCGUGGACCAAACGCCAGAAAGUGUUUCCAAAACCUGACGUUAAAUUGCCUGAAAGCUUAAAUUGUGCUUUUUUUCAUUAUAAAAGGGAAACUGUACUCACCUUAUUCUAUCUUUCCUUUUGUCGAACAUAUUCAUUGUUUGUUUAUUAAUAAAUUACCCUUCCGUUUGAAUGAGA